ACGAGGGAAGUAGAAAAACGAAGGCAGGGGUAGUUUGGUCAGAAGAAUUAGCAAAGCGAAAAUUUUGAGUGUGGGCUGCACAACACAACCUCGACAUUGACAUAUUGACAAUGGCAAUGCCUUCUGUAUGAUUCUCAGCACAUAAUCGAUCGCUCUCUGUUGAUUCGAUCGAUUUCGAAGGAGAAGCCAAGCUUCAGCCCUAGCGUUUCCACAAUUGAUUCUGAUGAUAUAUUUGCAGCGGUGUUUGUGUGAGGAUUUGGGGCUUUUCCGGCUGAUAAAUAUCUUGGCUUGAUUGUGGGCGAUACUUAUUGGAUGGGAAUAAUGCAACGCAGUUCACUUAAAAGACCAAAUGAUAGUACCCGGAUUCUCGUCACGGCUAUUAUGGGAAUAGCCUUUGGAUUUUUUAUUGGUAUUUCAAUUUCAUCUGUUCAUUUUACUAAGAUUAGCUUACUUUCAUCUGUAGGGAGUUCUGUUGAUGUACCUGUAGCUGAAAUAGACAGAUUUUCGGCAGAAGUAGACAAAUCACCUGCUGUUCUUGAUGAGUAUUCUGGAACCAAAAAUCUUGAAACCCUAGGGUCAAUUAGAUUACCAAAAAUAUUUGUCCCAUCAAAUCCUCGUGGAACUGAAACACUACCCCCUGGAAUUAUUGUAUCAGAAUCUGAUUUUUAUUUGCGCAGAUUAUGGGGUGAACCAAGUGAGGAUUUAAAGAAAAAGCCAAAGUAUUUAGUUACAUUCACUGUUGGCUAUGAACAGAGGCAUAAUAUCAAUGCUACAAUGAAAAAGUUUUCUGAUGAUUUUGCAAUUUUGCUCUUUCAUUAUGAUGGUCGGACUAGUGAAUGGGAUCAAUUUGAGUGGUCAAGGAAUGCAAUCCAUAUUAGUGCAAGGAAACAAACAAAAUGGUGGUAUGCUAAAAGAUUUUUGCACCCUGAUAUAGUUUCAGCCUAUGAAUAUAUUUUUAUUUGGGACGAAGAUCUUGGAAUAGAACACUUCAAUGGAGACAAGUAUAUUAAUUUAGUGAAAAAAUAUGGUUUGGAGAUCUCUCAACCUGGUCUUGAGCCCAAUAAUGGAUUGACAUGGGAGAUGACAAAAAGGAGGGGUGACAAAGAAGUUCACAUGAUUACAGAAGAGAAACCAGGUUGGUGUAGUGAUCCACAUUUGCCUCCUUGUGCUGCAUUUGUGGAAAUUAUGGCACCCGUCUUUUCUCGUGACGCUUGGCGAUGUGUGUGGCAUAUGAUUCAGAAUGAUCUAGUACAUGGAUGGGGAUUGGACUUUGCUCUCAGAAGAUGUGUAGAGCCAGCACAUGAAAAAAUUGGUGUAAUUGAUUCGCAAUGGAUUGUUCAUCAAGUAAUUCCUUCACUUGGUCGCCAGGGAGAAGCUGACAAAGGAAGAAAUCCUUGGGAUUCGGUCCGGACCAGAUGCAGAAGUGAAUGGGCUCAGUUUCAACUUCGCCUAACCAAUGCUGAUAAGUCUUAUCUUGAAGGACUUAAACGAAAUGGGAAGGUUUGAUAUAUGGAUCCAUCUUCCUAUGUUGUACAUGUUUUAUGUACACUCUGGUAUUUGUUUUGUAUUGUUUUCUCCCCUCACCUGUCAUGCAUAUUUUCUGGUCCUAUUUUUUAGAAAUUAAUUUAUACCAGUGUAACUUAAUCACUUAUUAUUGAAUAACUUUUAAUCCGUCAGAUUGAAAUUUCUUGUCUUA